AUGACUGACUCCCCUCCAAGCCUCAAUGAUACUGUAAUUUAUUACAUCAAUGAGACCCUCUGUCCAGAUAAUGCCAACUUGUUCGACUGCAUCGGUUUAAACAUAACUGAAAAUCGUGAGGACAUCUGCUUUUACUUCCAAAAUAGUAAGACAAUCAACUGUGAAGAUGCCAGGCUUGAGAAGGUGCCGAAUGCCAUCCCUUCAGAGACAAAGAACAUGAUGCUGAUGGGAAACCAUAUAUUGAAAAUAAACACCUGGACAUUUCCGAGGUUUAAGAGUAUUGUUUCCCUGGACCUGUCCUACGGCUGGCUGCACGAAGUAGAAGGGAACACAUUCACUUACAUGCACACUCUGGAGCACCUGACUCUUCAGCAGCACCACUCUGUGCUAAUGGUGGGAUCCCAGGCCUUCUACCCACUUUAUAAGCUGAAGUCUCUGAGAAUCGGCAAAAUCCAAACACAAGACAUGAAGACUAUAUUCUUUGAUCUACGAAAUAGCCAGCUGGAUACUCUGGGUCUGUACAGAAUAGAUUUUGAGACAAUGAGGAAGCCCAUGUUUGAGGACAUUGGCCAGUGCCCCCUGAAUACCUUGGAGAUAUUUUUCUCAUCCAUAAACCUGAUAGAUGACUCUGCCUUUUCUGAUCUGAAGGACUUGAGAGAGCUUCUGGUGAAAGAGUCCUCAAUAAAAACUGUUCACCCGAAUGCUUUGAUGAAACUGCAUGCCCUUGAGUGCUUGACCCUAGAGGGGUGUUCGCUGGACCAGAUCCCAUCUGGUGUCCUGGACUCCCUGACCAACCUGCAGGUUCUUAAUUUAAGAAGAAACAUGCUGCAGACCCUCCCAGCAGAGCUGUUCAAAUACAAUGGGAAGUUGCUCCACAUCGACCUCAGUCUCAACCGUCUCCAGACUCUGCCCGAAGGAAUCUUCAGACUCUUCCCGUCCACUCUUUACGUGAACCUCAGCGGGAACUAUUUCACUUGCGACUGCAGCCUGGCCUGGGCUUCUUUCUGGAGCUUCGUGGCAAGCAUUUGA